AUUUGUAUAAUGCUGUCUUAAUUGCUAUUUUGUUUAAACAAAUGAAUACCGGCCAUUUUACAGUUUGUCAAGUCUAACCUCAAAAUAUAGAUCGUAACUACUUCACAUCUUAUACAAAUUAUUCACCCCAAAAUGAGCAAUUUGAAGGUGUGCCGUUUGUGUUUAAACCCAAAUCAUUUGAUAGACGUUUUUUAUUCGAAAACAUCAUGCGCUGGCAUUAAUCACUUGAGAACCUGCAUAUUGCAGUGUACUGGUACAAAUAUAUUAUUUGAGGAUAAAUUUCCAAAAUAUGUAUGUAAACCGUGUUGUGAUGUGUGUUUAAGAAUAUUUGAGUUUCGGAAACAGGCACAAGCUACUGAAAGAGCCCUUAAAAAUUUUGAUCAACAAGAAAUUUCAGCAAAUUCAAAUUUACUGAUCAAUAAUAAACAAACUAAUUUAAAUAUUCAAGUACCAUUAAGCAAUACGAACAAGAAGCAAGAUCCAAAGCAUAGUCAGCCAAGUGUACUAAAUACUAUUAAACCACAUGUGGAUCUGGUUUGUGGACCACCUAAGCAAGUUAACCUUGCCAAUAUUAACCCUGUAGUGGUGUUGGACUCAAAUUGGAAAUAUCAAUAACUAGUGAACUCAAUAAGUAUAAGUACAUAGUCAAAAACAAUUCAAUUAGACAAAUUUAAAAGCAUUAUUUUUACAUAAUAUUAAGCUACAAAAUCUUCUUGAGAAUAAACAAAACAGAAAAAAAAAUUUAAGUACAUUCAAAAUAUUCAUUAUAGUUAUUCGAAAAAAGAUAAAAUCACAUUGCAAUAAUUUUGAACACAUGUACCAGUGCAAUUCAAACACUCAACAUUUAAUUAGUGCAAUUUAAUGGAUAUGUUAGUAAUGUGAGCUCUCAAGUACAUAUUUAUGAAGAACAAAAAGAUGAUAAAGACUUUGAUUAAUUGUUGAAGAAGCAAUUGUGAUCUCAAUACAAAAUUUAUUUUUAAUUAUGUCAUUGCAUUGUUAAAAUAUUAUGUUAAUAUUAUAACAUUAUUUUGUGUUUGCAAUAGUUAUAUCAUGUUAUGUUAAUUUUAUUUUUCAUGGUGAAAUAAUGUUAAUAUUCUAAUUAAAAUUCUUAUUUCUA